UCACGAAUUCUAUUACUUCUACUUUCCGUGCGUAAUACCGUGCAGGAGGAUGAGAUACACAUGCGAUAUUUCGUGGGUAGAGGUAGGUAGGUAGAAUUUGUAUGGGCAUUCGGGAGCUUCUGAUGUGCAUGUGAAAUCGGUGUGAGAUGUGCUCGGUAAGGAGCAAAUCUCAAUUCCUAUUUCGUAUAGGCUAGCAACGCAGUGAUGAUUCCGAUUUCAACGUCAGCGGAGCGUAUUUAGCGAAUAAACCGUGUCCGUGUUAUCUAACCUUCGUUCGCUUUUACUUUCUCGUCUUCUCACCAAAAAAAAAAAGUCCUCGUCUGAAUUCCGGAAAAGUAAGAAGGAAGAGAAAAGAAGAUGCAUCUAUGGCCUUCCCUGAGGAUUAGGGAUUCAUUCAAGCUCGCUUACUUGAGGAAACUUGAAUGGAAUCUCCACAGAAUGAAUAGUGACGAGGAAUCUCAAGAGAACCAGAAAUUGCUCGAGAAUGAAAAAGAUGUUGAUGACAAAGGAUGUUCUGCUUCUAAGAUCCCUGGAGUCGUUGCGCUAUGCAAAGAGAUGUUGAUGAUUCUCUCAUGUUGCUACUGUUGUUUCUGCUGUGGAGGUAGCAUGCCUUGAUCAAGAAGAGAACUGAUGCUGAGAUUAGGGAGGAAGCUUAUGGUAUAAGAGUAAAGAAUCUUCAGUAAAGUUGUGUAUUCAUUUUCCUUUUGUUUACACUUUUUCUCCUAUACAUUAUAGAGUUCACCAUCAAAAAUGGAUCUAGCCUCUUGAUGAAAUGUUUGGAAUGCAAUCAUCUCAGGUUUUCUAGAAAUAAACUCAUGUACAGUUGUUCUUAACAACCUGAACCAAAAUACAUUUCAGGUUUUAACCUGUGGGUUCAAAAGCUAUGGAAAACUAAUAUUGGUGGAUUCGAUUUUUACUUUGUAUAUUGGCUUUUACCUCCCCACCCCCCACACACACAUACACCCCCCCCCAAAAAAAAACCUUUGUAUCUGAAUUGUGAACAGAGAAAAUGAUGCUGUGUGGUUAUUAUAUAUUUUUACUUUUAAA